AUGUCCGAUGACUCGGACGACGAGGAGACGACCUUGUUCCAUACGAUGGACAGCCUGAUAACCGACCAUCUGUCGAGCCCGCUAUUCACCGAGACCCUUUCUCUCGGCAAGUCGAAGCCGAAGAGCCAAGCGAAAGAGGAGUAUAAGGCUGCGGUGCUGGACUUGCACUGGCGAGUCCACUGCCAUUAUAUAUGUCUGCUGGGCGAAUUAGACACCCCAGCUAGCAAAAUACAAACGCACGAUCUACUUGUUCUAUGUGAUGACCUGAAGGUCCUGCUCGCAUCCCAUCAUCCUCAGCAAAUGGCAGAUGACGCCUACAAGCGAGCCCAGGAGGAAAUCGUACAGCUGAAGCAGAGACUAGACGAGUGCUUGAUGCCUGGGUAUCCCUCGCAAGACGAGGCUGCGAGGAUGAUAUCAGCGGCUGAAAAGUCGAUCACGGGCAAGGAGCCUUACAAGUCCGUUCUGAACAGCAAGCCGAAAAAGGAGCGCUCGGGGUCCCGGUGGAAGCCGUGGAAGAAGACUUAG